AUGGACCCAAGGUGGAAACACCCAUUUCCUGCUAUUGUAGCUGGCCCCACUUGCUGUGGAAAAAGUCAUUUUGUCAAACACCUGUUGGAAUCUGGAGAAGAUUUAAUAGACGGAGCUCCUGAAAAUAUCAUUUGGUGUUAUGGAAUAUACCAACCGGCUUACGAUGAAAUGCUAAGGACUAUUCCCAACAUCACGUUCGUCGAAGGAGUUCCUGGUGAUUUAGAAUCUAUGAUAAACCCAACCAUUCGGAAUUUAGUGGUCAUUGAUGAUUUAAUGCAGGAGCUUAGCAAUGAUCGAAGAAUUACCAAUUUGUUUACUAAGGGCUGUUAUCACCGAAAUUUAAGUGUUAUUUUCAUUCUUCAAAAUAUUUUUCACCGGGGAAAAGAACUGAGAGAUAUGAGUUUGAAUUGCCAUUAUUUGGUGAUGUUCAAGUUCCCGCGAGAUAGCAGUCAAGUCAGUCACUUGGCGAAACAGAUGUUUCCCGGUCAUGUCAAAUACAUGCAAGAGGCGUUUCAGGAUGCGACAAAACGCCCUUAUGGCUACCUGAUAUGCGACCUCAAACCGGAAACACCUACCGACUUCCGGUUGCGCACAAACAUUUUCCCUGGGGAGACUCAGCUCGCCUAUGUCAGAAAGGUAUAA